AUGCGGUGGUUGCUCAACGCUUUUGUCGGACUGUUGUUUGAAUUGCCUCCGGCUGAGCAAGUACAAGUGAAAGCUUCUUCCACAAUGGGAAGUGCUUCAUCAGGUGCUGCCACUACUCGUGAAUCUUCCUUAACUUUUACAUCUACUAGCGUAUAUUCUCCGGCAACGAAGUCGUCCAAAAACAAUUCUACUACAGCCAGCCUCCUUUUGGCUAUGUCAGCAUAUUACGACAAGUACGAUAGGCCUCAGUUAAGGCACCUGGACGAUGAAAUUGUCGUCGUAGGCGAAAACCUAAAUGUUGUCAUUAAGAUAUGGCUGCAUACUUCGCCAGCUUGUCAUACAAUAGAAGACAGUCGAAUGGUCGAACUGAAAAUUCUAAAGAUAUCAACGCAUUACGUGACUGCUAUAAGAACCAGAGAUGAGGCUCGCGGCGAAUUUUUGUUUCCGCUAUACGUCUGCACAGAACCGAAAUCUACUUCGGACUUCAACUCGGUUGUCAUACAUCUGCGUGACCGCGUAGUACGUGGCUUAAUUCUCAUAUAUUGUGUAUUUCUAUUUUUGAGCGCUCUCUUCACAGGACUUAAUCUCUCAUUAAUGUCAUUGGAUAUGGAAGAUCUUCGUCGAAUAAGCGAGUACGAUGAGAAUCCGAAAACUCGGAAGUACGCGGCAAAUAUUAUUCCCAUACGAGAAAACGGAAAUUUUACGUUAUGCACUAUCAUACUUGGCAACACUAUUUGCAAUGCUGUAGUUGUGCUAACGUUUGAAAGGAUCACUCAUGACCUGGAUCUCACUGAAUGGCAAAGAAUUCUCCUUAUUGAAGUUGUGCCAUCUUUGUUGAUUAUUAUUUUCUCCGAGGUUAUUCCUCAAGUCAUCUGCACGAAGUUUGCUCUGCCUAUUGGUAGUCGCUGUCGUCGAAUUAUGGUAUUUUUUAUGGUACUCACAUAUCCAGCUAGCUAUCCGUUAUCAUUAUUACUUGAUUGUGUGGUGGGAAAAGAGGUGCGCAUUACAAUGGAUCGACAUAUGCUAGGCAGCCUAAUGCGACAGCAAAAGUACGAUACCGCCAAGAUGGCGGACGUGAUAGAAAAUGCGAUGAUGCUGGAAGUGAGACGCGUUAAAGACGUUAUGACACCUUUAGAUAAGGUGUUUAUGAUAUCUGAGGAGACGGAGAUUAACCUAAAACUGAAGCAGCAGUUGAAAGAGUUUCGACAUACGCGGAUUCCCGUCUAUAAAGGAGAUAAGAAUUGCGUGAUUGGCGUUUUGAACGUAAAAGAUUUACUAUUAGUUGAUGAAUCUUUGGAUAUUCAUGUGGGAGCAGUGAUGCAGUUGUUUAACAGAAGCACUUUGUUCCGUAUGGUGACUUCGGAAAGCCCCGUUAUACAGUUGAUGGUUGAACUAAAAAGAGGAUUUCCUCUUGCAAUAGUGGUCGAUUUUGAUCCAGAAAAGAAAAGAUAUAGCGUAACCGGUAUUGUGACCUUGGAAGAUAACCUGGAAGAAGUCAUUGGUGAAAUACGUGACGAAAAAGACGUGGUCGGUCAAGUAAUCGAAGCUCGUACGGAAAAAUCAGGCCCUGUCGAUAUACAAGCAGAAUUGCAAACUUUGAAGAAGUCGAAGAAAAGACCGCUAACCACUGGCCAAGAUGAAAUUGUGUCCGAAGAAAAAACUCCACUACUAAAAUCUAAAUCCAAGCCAUUAACACCUACCAUAUCUCUGACCAAAAAAGUGCUUUAA